AUGCAGCCUGUCAUCCCAAACGUCGAGCGAGCCUCGUGGCGGGAAGCCUCUGUAUAUCAAAUCUACCCACCUUCUUUUAAAGAUACCAAUGGGGAUGGUAUAGGAGAUAUUCAAGGAAUUAUCUCAGAGCUUGACUAUAUCAAGUCUCUUGGCGUUGAUAUGGUAUGGCUGUCUCCCAUUUUGGCAUCUCCGCAGAUUGAUAUGGGUUACGAUAUCUCUGACUAUAAGAAUAUCUAUCCGCCUUAUGGUACCAUGGCCGAUCAUGAUGCUUUAAUCAAAGGCCUCCAUGACCGCGGUUUGAAGUAUAUCCUUGACCUUGUUGUGAACCAUACAUCGGAUCAACAUCCUUGGUUCAAAGAGUCCAAGUCUUCAAAGACAAGCAGAUAUCGCGACUGGUAUUUCUGGCGGCCGGCUCGCUGGGAUCCCGAAACCGGUAAACGGAUGCCACCUAACAAUUGGGAAUCCUUUUUUAGUACAAGCGCUUGGACUUGGGACGCUACCACACAAGAAUAUUAUCUUCACCUUUGGUCAUCUGGACAGCCUGACUUGAACUGGGAAAAUCCCGAGGUCGUCAAUGCCGUGCACGAUAUCGUAAGAUUCUGGCUUGAUCGUGGCGUUGAUGGGUUUCGAAUGGAUGUCAUUAACUAUAUUUCGAAAACACCUGGCCUGCCCGACGCAAAGAUCAAGAAACCGGGAUUUUUUCAGAAGCCCACCGAGCAUUGUGCUUGUGGACCACGGCUGCACGAAUACCUACGUGGGAUUGGAUCGAUACUCCAGGAAUACGAUGCAUUUAGUGUCGGCGAGAUGCCAGAUGCAGAUCCCGAAGAAGUUCUCAAAGCUGUGGGCCAGGAUCGUGGAGAAUUAGCUAUGGCGUUUCACUUUGACAUAGAUGGGCUUGACCUAGGUGCAAAUCAUAGAUUUGACCCCGCCGUGUUCCAACCAACAGCAUUAAAGAACGUAGUCAACAAAUGGCAAACAUUCAUGGCAUCCAACGCAGGUUGGAACGCCCUGCAUAUGGAGAACCACGACGAGAGCCGAACAGUUAGUCGUUACGCUUGCGACUCCCCCGCCAUGCGAACAAUAUCAGCCAAGAUGCUAGCAAACCACCUUGCCUUCCAGUCUGGAACACUUUUCAUCUAUCAGGGACAGGAACUUGCAAUGGUUAACCUUCCCCGAGAAUGGGGAAUGGAGAAAUACAAAGACAUCGAAUGUCUGAAUCACUGGCAGUUGGUACAGCGUUGUUACCACGACGAUGUAAAAAAGCAGAAGAUGUAUAGGGACAGAUACCGACAGGUCGGACGUGACAACGCACGCACGCCCAUGCAGUGGAACUCGGAGAGUCCAUAUGCUGGAUUCGUGCCGAUUGGUUCUAAGCAAGUUGAGCCCUGGAUGUCUAUCCACCCUGACUUUGGGACUUGGAACGUUUCCACGAUGUUAGCCGAUUCGCAGUCCAGCCUUCACCAUUGGCGCCGUGUGCUCAAGUUUCGAAAGCAGCAUUCCAACAUAUUUGUUUACGGAGGAUUCGAAAUGCUAAAUAUAGAAAUCGAAGAAGACGUCAUUGCGUAUAUACGCACUGACAACACUACUGGUGGGAGCCUAACUGGACCGACAGAGGCCCUGGUUGUGACCAGUUUUAGUGCCACUGAUAUCUGGUGGACCAUUCCUCCCAAGGCAAUGACUAUUCUAUUCGGUGCGUCCACAGAUUCAAGAAAGCCCAAUAUCAAUGUGACGGGGCUGGUAACCGCUUUGGGCAAUUAUGAGGGUGUGAACGAAUUGAUGGUCAAAGAUGGAAUGGCUGUAAUUAGGCUGAGGCCAUACCAGACUUUGAUUGCAAUGGUAUAA